UUUACUCUGACCUCGCAGGUAAAUCGUUGGCUCAACUGGCUUGAAACUGCUGAAGAAGAAGACGAUGAAGAUGAGGAAAAUGCCAGUGAAUCAAAGAAAUGUGAGGAUGUUUCACAAACUGAGCAGGUUGAAGUGAAUAGUUGCUAA